AUAAGCCCGCCAAAGAAUUUCUGUGUGUGGGGAUUGCAGUUUACUCGUGUAGUGGGCAAAAGAAUGCGGAGGUUUGCAUAAAAUCACCAGAGAUUGCGCCGCCGCACAGUUUCUUUUUUCCGAUAAAGCAUCGCCGGGAAAUGGGCGAUAGCACAGAGGCGGUUUCUGCGGAUUCCGGCCGUUCCCCCGCCGCCCUUACCAUCCCAGACCGAGCUUUUUUCGAUUCCCUCUUCCCCGCACCCGUUUUCAGCCCGGGACCCAUGACUCCCAUUUCCAGCUUCUUCCCCGACUCUCCCGUCUGCUCUUUCUCUCAGUUGCUCGCUGGAGCCAUGGCGUCCCCGCUCGCAAAACCGAGUCUUGUCGCCUGCAACUCAACCGGCUUAAUGCUAUCCCCUCCUUUCAGUCCUUCCGGCUUGCUGAACUCGCCCGGGUUUCCCUCUCCACUCCAGAGUCCAUUUGGGAUGUCCCACCAGCAGGCUCUGGCUCACGUCACAGCUCAGGCGGCAUUCAACCACUCUUACAAACAAAUGCAAGCCGAGUAUCAACAUUUGAAAAAGGAGACAAAAGAACUUCCCCAAACAGACCCUAAAAUCAAUUCUACUGUUAUUGAGAAUCCUGCUAGCGAUGGUUAUAACUGGAGGAAAUAUGGGCAGAAACUGGUCAAGGGAAGUGAGUGUCCGCGAAGCUACUAUAGAUGCUCACAUUUGGACUGCGCUGUUAAAAAGAAAGUCGAACGGUCCACAGAUGGACGCAUAAUUGAUGUCUCGUACAAUGGGGAGCAUAACCAUGAGCUACCUAAGUCAAACAAGCGAAAGCAAGAUGAAUGCAGAAGUGACGAAAUUGGAGUACCCACCAAACUAGUCAUGGUGGCUUGUAAAAGUGAUGAAGUGGAGGGAGCAGCUAAGGUCAUUUGCCGAAAACCAGAAAGGCAAUGGCACAUGUGUUUUACCUCCAUUGCACAAGACAUGUGUGGAACCCAAGACUGUUUUGCAGAUGAGAAGUGCAGUUGACCUUUGGAAUGAUGGAUAUAAGUGGCGUAAAUACGGACAAAAAGUUGUGAAGGGGAAUUCUAAUCCAAGGAGUUACUAUAGAUGUGCAUAUGAGGGAUGCACGGUUCGCAAACAUGUAGAAAGGGCUUUGACAGAUCCUGCAGAUGUCAUAACUACCUAUGAAGGGCAACAUAAUCAUGAUCUCCCUACUGCCCAUUACCCCAAACAACCAUCCUCUUCAUCAUCAUAGCACAAUACAAACUUGAUAUACCGAUUCCAUUAACAGUACAGUUGAAGAAGACCAGGUGAAAGAACAACAACUUGGAUCUGUGUCUGAGUAUGGUUGUACUUUGCCAUCCCUUUAUGGGUUUCGCCUUUUUGUUUUCUUUGU